GAUUUUGAAGCGGCUCAAAAGUUAUACAAUGUCCUCUUCUUGUUCCAAACGAUAUCAAACACUGUCAAGCUUGACACCAAGAAAACUAUUAGAGCUCUUACCCCUUGACGAACUAGAAGGUGAUGAUGGGUGCUCUAUCAAGGAUGUUGAAACUUUGGAAACCACGACAUCCCAUGGAGGACAACAUCUUGUGUUACUACCCUUCUUGACGAAC